AUGAUAACUAAUUUGACAGAGCAGGUGGAUUGGGUGAGGCGAACAAACCCUCAUAUAACGCCGCCAGCAGUAAUAAACUUAAUAAGAAAACAUUUUCCCAAAGAUAGUGUGGUGCUAACCCCUAGAGUCAUUGAUCCUCCUUCUUCAAAUAAAGAAAAUAUCCCACUACCUUCAAAAUCUCAACGUAAAGUCCAAUCACGACUACCGUUAAAGACCAUAUCUCCCAAUGAGUUUAAGUCGCAAAGCGCACCUACCCCAAAAGCACCACCCUUGGUAACCAGUGAUAUCAUUGAUUUGACACUAAGCCCGCCAAAAAGAACACAACCAUCUUCACCAAUCGAGCCCUUACCAAAAAGACAAAAAGUCGACGAAUCAGUGUUUGGCAAACUCUUGGAGUUACACGAAUCGAAAAUCAAGAUACUCGAAAAAAAGUUUACCACCAGCGAAUCAACCCUGAUUUCGCUUGACGAAAAGAAAGAGCAAUACAAGGAGCUAGAUCACCAAAUUGGGUUAUUGGAUAACGAAAUCAGCGUGCUAAAGCUGCGUCUACAAGAUACCACUGACUCCCCCUCUCCUCUGGAUUCACCUGAGUUUAGGGUUCCUACGACGCGUCCAGUACGAUUAGCAGCAGCCAGAGCUAUUGUCGAGAGUACAGACAAUGUUAUUGACGAGGAAGACACCGAAGACCAUUUCGGUGAACACACCAUGGACGGUUUGCUUACACCAACACAAGAGCGGAUGUCACAGGACGACCUCAAUGAAAUGGCAAGCUUUAUAGACGACAGAACGUUCGACAUACCUAGCCAGCUGUCAGAUGGCGAGUUUAUUGAUGUUGAUUCCGAAACCGAAAUUAACGAUAUCCGUCUAUCUCCAGAAACCGCCGCCAAAUAUGGCGUCAAAUACAACUCGCAAAUCAUAGGCAAAACAGCACCAGACGUGUCUGCUUCAUCUGUAAGCGAUCAAAUUGAAGAAACCAGUAUCCAAAACCCGCAAAGUGGUCCAAAUUCACCUAUUGUUAUCGACGACGACGACGACGAUGAUGACGACCGUUUGGAUUUCACAACUCAGCUCAACAACGAAAGAGAGAUUGACUUUAUUGAAUUGGAUUCGGACGACGAAUGGUCCUUGGAUGAACCACAACCUCCACCACCACCACCACCAGCAACAAACCCAGUAUUAAUGAUUGACUCUGACGACGCAUUUUCCGAUGAUGAUAAAGACUUGGUAGAGUACCUAAUUGAAAAACGUGUCCCCACAAGCUCUGAGCCAUUUAUCGACGAAGUAUACAGUAUCCUUAACGAUGUGUUUAAACUCCAGUCAUUUCGACCCAACCAACUUGAAGCAGUGGUGGCCACACUACUGAGUAAGGACGUGUUUGUGUUGAUGCCUACAGGAGGAGGUAAAUCGUUGUGCUAUCAGUUGCCGGCAUUGGUGAAAAGUGGUGCAACCAAGGGAACAACCGUGGUCAUUUCUCCCUUGAUUUCGUUGAUGCAAGAUCAGGUCCAGCACUUGUUGGCCAAAAACAUCAAGGCGGGAAUGUUUAGCUCGAAAGGUGGCAACGACGACAAUAAACAUACCAUCCAUUUGUUCCGUGAAGGGUUUUUAGACAUUGUGUAUUUGUCACCAGAAAAGGCCAACAAGUCGAGUCUUAUACAAAAGAUCAUGACCCAGCUAUACAAUAACAACCAGCUUGCGCGAGUAGUUAUAGACGAAGCCCAUUGUUUGAGUUCAUGGGGCCACGAUUUCCGACCUGACUACCAAGGGUUGGGUUUUUUCAAAGACAAGUUCCCCAAGGUCCCCAUAAUGGCAUUGACGGCAACGGCCAAUGAAAAAGUCCGGAUGGAUAUACUUCACAAUUUGAAAAUGGACAACCCAGUUUUACUAAAGCAAAGUUUUAAUAGAACAAACUUGUUUUACGAAAUCAAAUGGAAAUCUGGAAAUUACUUGCUUGAAAUUAAAGACUAUAUCUUGAGUCGUUUUAAGGGUAAAACUGGUAUUAUCUAUUGUCACUCAAAACAAUCGUGCGAACAAACUAGCAUGAAACUAAACGAGUACGGAUUGAAAACAUCAUUUUACCAUGCCGGUAUGAGUGCCGACAGCCGGUUCAACAUACAAAAGAGAUGGCAAGAGAGUAAGAUACAAGUGAUCUGUGCUACUAUAGCUUUUGGUAUGGGUAUUGAUAAACCCGAUGUGAGGUUUGUUAUCCAUUUGUUUUUACCAAGAACUUUAGAAGGGUACUACCAAGAAACUGGACGUGCUGGCCGUGAUGGCAACUAUUCUGAAUGUGUAAUGUACUACUCAUACAAGGACGCGCGGUCUUUACAAAGCCUCAUCCAACGAGACGAGGAAUUGAGUGAACUUGGAAAGGAAAACCACUUGGCUAAACUAAGACAAGUGGUCCAGUACUGUGAAAACACUACCGAUUGUCGACGGAAGCAAGUUUUGCAAUAUUUCAACGAAACUUUUGAUCCAGUGAAUUGCAAAAAGCAAUGUGACAAUUGUCGAAACUACAACCAUGUGACUGUGGUUGAGAAGGAUUGUACGCAAUAUGCCAAGGAUAUAAUCAAAUUGGUGAAAUCAAUCCAGGAUGACCAGGUGACGGUUUUGCACUGUCAAGAUGUUUUCCGAGGCUUAAACCAUAAGAAAAUCACUGAAGCUGGCCACAAUGAAAACGAGUACCACGGCAAGGGACAAUCUUUGGAUAAGAACGAUGUCGAGAGAAUUUUCUUCUAUUUGUUGAGUGAACAAUGUAUUGUCGAGUACCAUGUUAUGCACGCUGGUUUUGCCUCCAACUACGUCAAGGUCGGUAAGAAUGCUGAUGUGGUGUUGAAUGGCCAAAAGAAGAUUGUAAUACUGUUUUCAAGCCGGCCUGUAAGUGCCAGCAACAGUCUUGGCAGGACACCAGCAAACACUAGCAGGCCAGCUGAAUAUCAGGAAUCGUUUAUUACGGCAAGACAAAUGACGACUGCAGAUGUCCCUGAUUCAUCAUUUACUCAACGGUGUUUACAAGAAUUGCGUGAGGCCAGAGAAGGGGCGCUGACUGAAUGUGCAAUUUCAAGCCUGCAGAUUGUUGGCGAAGUUACUCUCCGAGACAUGCUGGCGAAAUUGCCCACCAACAAAAAGGAUUUUGCUAAGUUGGAAGGUAUCAAAAAGGGCCAGUUGGAGUAUUUUACGUAUUUCAAAAAGAUCUUGACAUCUUUAUCGCGGGAGAAAAAGAAAAUGAGCAACACAUCAUCAACAAGCACGGUUGCUAGUGAUAUUUCGUCUGUAUCGACAUCUACGGUUUCCCCCUAUUUCCAGCCAUCACAGCAAGACCAAGAGAUAUUGGCUACGUUGCGUGCUGCAUCACAACCAAAGCCAGGAAACACUUUUCCUCAACCAAGCAAUUCUAAAAAAAAGGGGUAUAAGAAUUUCAAAAAGGGCCGCCCAAAAAACUUUAAAAAAGCCGCCCCCAAGUCUUUGGCUAGCUCUCAUAGAAAUGCAAUGCCUAUGUAA